CCAAACAAUGGAGGAAAAGUAUAAGAAUUGGGAAUACUCCCAGAUUUCAGCAUCUCAAAAUAAAAGCUGACACCUUUCAGUGGCACCAAACUAGCAGAGUAAGGCCUUAAUCACAGUGUUAAAACAAACUAAAUCUGGAAAAUCAAUGCUGUGAAAAACACUCAAAUUAUAACACAAAUCAUCAACUUGGGAUGAACGUCUAAGUAACUUACUUCCAAACAUUAAUAACUGGGCAUGAAUUUUUUUGAGUUGGGUCUUUUCAAAACAUCGAGAAUGAAGAUAGGUUAAAAUUUUAUGAGAGAGAGAAACUAUUUGAGAAAGAAGAAGAGUAAUAACGUUGAAAUGGAGGAUGAGAGAGAUGAAAAACACAUCGAAUUACAGCCUUUUCUAUUCAUCUGCAACUGGGUUUCGAUGGGAUUUUGAAUUCAAUCUGGGUUCCGCCAUUAAAGUUCAUCUUUCUCUCUCUCUCUCUCUAAAACCCAUGUCAUGUGAGAGAUAGAUGAAGGCGUUUGUAACUUGUAAGCUACCAAAACGACGUCGUUGCACCAGCAAAAGGGUAUUAAUUACUUCGAAAUAAAAUUUGGGGACAUUUAUUUUAAAAAAUAAAUAAAUUAACAGAGCAGAGAGAAAGAGGGUGGAAAAAACAUGGUGAGAUUGAGCAGAGUGGUGAUGAAAAAUGUAUGUGAAGGAAUGAGCAAAACUCUUUCUGAAAUUCUGGUUUGCCCAUUAUCCAAACAGUCUCUAAGGUAUUGUGAGAAGACAGGAUCAUUGAUCAGUGAUGAAAUCGGAGUUUCUUUUCCGAUAAUUGAUGGGAUACCUUGUUUAGUUCCAAAGGACGGGAAGAUACUUGAAGACGAAGGAUCAUCCGAUACAGGUGGACAAAAGGAGGUGAAAGAUUGAGAUGGUUUUGUAGUAUAUAGAGCUGUAUGCUAGAAUUCUGUGUGGUGAGAGUUUGGACUACCGAGUAUUAUUUUCAAAGAAAUGACCCAUAGGCUAAAAAUCUGAUGCCAUCAGAGUAAUAAUAAUUUCUGUAAAGGGAAAACCAUCAAAUUAUGUCACGUCACAAAUUCACAGUAUCACACACACCAUACUGCGAUUUUGAAUCUAUAAAACCGUAAAACAAAGUUUCAAUUAGGCUACAAAAUAAUGAUCUAACAACAGCUUUGUCAA